CACAACUGUUGCUCGACCGACCGGCGUGUUCGUACCCCUACCCCGCAGUGUACGAUCGCCGAAGUCGUCGUUGACCAUCUCGUCAGUGUAUAAAAACUAUUUUCGUCGUAGAUCGUUGCAGAACAAUAUUAUAAUUUAAAAUUAAAUCCCUCAUAUUCGCCGGUGCAGUGUCGUCGUCGUUUUAUAUUUCAUCGCGUCCGAAUUCCACUUAUCACCCCACUCCCUCAGCCGGUCUACUAUCAGGUUCGUCGUCUAGAUGUGUGUGCGUUUUUCCAGUGCGUGAUUCGUUCGUAAACAUUUUUUUUUUUUUAAAUUAUAAAUCACAUGCGAGACGGACUUCACCGACGUGAUUUUAUAAGGCGUCACGAUGAUACGAUCGACGAUUGGUGAUGAGACGACCGCUGAUGCCACGAUUACGACCACGACCAUGGUUAUUGUUUUCGCAGUGUACGCGAAUCGGACAAUGCCGAGAUCUCACUGAACCCGUCGCGACGUUCGAGUGCUCAACGUAGAUUCACACACAUUCGUAGUUGUUAUUGGUUUGACGGAAAAUAAACUUAUAUUUCCGGAUUUGCGACGCGCGUCGCGGAUCACGCGGGUAUACGGAUGGUUGUGCUCUGACGUUUCCGCAGUCGCCCGWCUCGCACCGCUUCCGGCUCAGCCUCAGCCACUGCAAACGUUGUCUCAGUAGCCACUAUUGCCACCGACACUGAAUCCGACGCUGACACUGAAGCUGACAUGACGUCACACAAUGUCACCCACAGACCGUGAGUGCGGCGGCCAGGCGUACCGCGCUCAGAAAACCAUGUGCACGGCGGCCACCGGAUGUUGGCGUGGCCGUUUUGUGUCGACAUGAACCGCGCCGAAGAGGUGCAGCUGUUCCGCAAGUCCAGGGAAGUGUCACUGAGAAGCAACGGCAGUGGAACAGGAAACGGGGGGGCGGGCGGAUCGCCCGUCAUCAACAGGGUCGCUUCCACCGAACUGAAACAGCUACAACAACAGCAUCAGCAACGGCCACGCGUUGGAUGUGCGGGAGGCGCCGGUGGAUUUGCCGACCCGCCGACGCCGAGCAGCGACGCCGACGAUGCGGCCAUUGUCGAGGUGGUAACCGCCGGCGGCGAUGCCAAACCGCCCGCUCCGCCCGGCGUCCCCGACCCGUAUUACCCCAUUUACCUGCCCAUCGAUCAGGCGUUCAAGGCCAAGUACGUGUUCCACCAGCGGAAGGGCAAGACGUUCCAAGAGAAGGUCUACGUGUUCCUCGAACACCCGUGCGGAUGGAUCUGCUUCAUUUACCACUUCGCUGUGUUCAUGGUCGUUUUGGUGUGCCUGAUUUUCAGCGUGCUCUCAACGAUCGAAGAGUAUUCCGGGUUCGCGAACGAGACUCUAUUUUGGAUGGAAAUUUGCCUGGUCGUGUUCUUCGGCGUCGAGUAUAUGAUACGAUUAUGGUCAGCCGGUUGCAGAUCCAAAUACAUGGGAACUUUCGGCAGGUUCCGUUUCGUCCGGAAACCCAUAUGCAUCAUCGCAUUUAACAUUGUGUUGAUCACUGUUACGACGAUAGGUUACGGUGACGCAGUGCCUCAGACGUGGAUCGGCAAGAUCGUCGCCUCAUGUUUCAGCGUAUUCGCGAUUUCAUUCUUCGCUUUACCAGCUGGCAUACUAGGUUCUGGAUUCGCAUUGAAAGUACAGCAAAAACAACGGCAGAAACAUUUCAACCGACAAAUACCUGCGGCUGCGAUGUUGAUACAAUGCCUGUGGAGGUGCUAUGCGGCGGAUAAAUGUUUCAACAGUCAAGCCACUUGGGACAUUUACAUCAAGGAACCGGGACACCCUAAAGAUAACUCGUCAUUGAGUAAAUCUUUAAUCAUGCAAGUAGCAAAGCGUGCCAGCGUCUUGAAGCGGAAGAGAUCAAAAAGCAAAAUGGACACACCCGGGGCGACGAAUAAUAAUAGGGAUUGCCCGCAAGCUCAAACUUUACCCCCACCACCCAGAAGAGACAGUGACGGCGAAGUCGUUUUCUACAUAGAAGAACCUAAAGCGACCACUCCAAAUCGCGUUAGAAGAGAAGCUAGAGGAUAUGUCAGUCAGACGAGUUCCGUGACGGAAGCAGCAAGCGACGAAGUCGACUUGGAAAUGGAACCAGAGAGAGUGACCACGUUAACCGACGUACACAAAAAUGCUAUUCGAGCCAUUAGAAAGAUCAAAUAUUUUGUGGCCAGAAGAAAAUUUCAACAAGCUAGAAAACCAUACGAUGUACGCGAUGUUAUCGAACAAUACAGCCAAGGUCAUUUGAAUAUGAUGGUUCGGAUAAAGGAAUUGCAAAGAAGAUUAGAUCAAACGCUCGGAAAGCCAGGAAGUUACCUUGCCGGAAUAGAUCGAUCGGGCAAUGUUAAGCCUAUGACAAUUGGUGCUCGUUUGUAUAGGCUGGAACAGCAGCUAUCUAUUAUGGACAAGAAGCUGGACCAGUUGGUGUACCUUUUAAACGUCCAGACGCACAGACAACAGUUUCCGGCCUUAGAAGAACAAGUUUAAACGUUUUAAAAGACUAUCAAAACUUCUCAUUUUCAUAGAUCCCCGACCAAUGUUAUUAUUUUAUUAAGGAACAAAAUAAACUUCUUACAGUCACGCAAAAUUAAAAUACACACAURUCUGUUUGACUUAAAAAAAGCUUUAUUUGGUAACUUUAUCCUUUCGAUGACGUGGACCACAUAAUUGGUUGAUGAAUGUCAMAAAUUAACAUAAUAAAUAAAUACAAUAGUACGAUAAUAAUACUAUUUAGACAAAAAUUAAUAUUUUUAUGAGAACCCUUGUCUGAAGAAUUCUUACGAAGAAACCUAAUUUUAGGCUAAUGCACAAUACAAUUUAAUAUAAAAUAUUAUAAUUAAAUAUAAUUAUCGUUAA